CAUAUUUUAGAAAUUCAUUAUUUCAUUUAACAAUAGGUACUUACAUAUAAUUUUUUUUUAUCAGCACACCGUCGCAUGAGGACGGUGACGAACUGCUUCCUCGUGAACCUGGCGGUAGCUGAUCUACUCAUGGCCACAUUGAAUGGAGCACCCAAUUUUGUGUUCCUGGUGACUGCGCACUGGCCUUUCGGUGCAGUAACCUGCGCAGCCAGUAACUUCACAGCAAAUCUGACUGUCUCAGCUGGUGUCUUCACUCUUGUCGCUAUUACUGUUGACAGGUACGUGGCGAUAGUGAAGCCGUUGCAACACAGGCUGAGUCGGCGAGUGGCGCGCGCCGCCCUGUUUACCGUUUGGUGUGCCAGCGCUAUGCUCGCCAUGCCAAGCCUGCUCUACUCUGACACGUACAAAAAACAGUACAUAAAUGGUGAAAGAGAAAUAUGUUUUAUCAAGUGGCCUGAUGGCAGCUAUCCGACAUCACGGACGGAUUACUGGUAA